UCCACUCACAUUUAUACUUACUUAACACGUACUAACACCGCAACGUUUACUUCAGUGAUGGUGGUUUACUAACAUCUUGAUGUUGUGUCGUGCCAAAUCUGCUUCAGUAGUGCUAGCUCUGGCCCUCUUCGGCUUCGUGGCCUGCGGCCGCCUGGACAACAAGUACAUCCCGGCCAACCAAGGCCCCUACCAAGGAGCCGCCUCCUCCGGCUCCUACGCCGGAGCCGCCGCCCACGGAGGCUCCUCCAACCCGGCCGACGCCAACGCCCACAUCCUCCGUCUGGACAACAACAACGAAGGCGACGGCAGCUACCAAUACGCCUUCGAGACCAGCAACAGCAUCGCCGCCCAGGAGCAAGGACAUGACGCUGGAGACGGCAACAACGCCCAAGGAUCGUUCUCCUACGUGUCGCCCGAAGGUGAACACAUCUCGAUCUCCUACAGCGCCGGCCAGGAAGGCUUCCAACCGCAAGGUGCCCACCUCCCGACCGCCCCACCAAUCCCGGAGGAGAUCCUGAAGGCUUUGGAACAGAACGCCGCCGACGAGGCCCGCGGUAUUGUUGAUGAUGGACAGUACAGGCCGGAACAUGAAGGACCUGGUGCUGGUGGAUACGGUGGUGCUGCUGCCGGAGGAUACGCCGGCGCUGGUGGCAACAACGCUGGAUACAAAUAUUAAAUUUUGUAAAAUUAUAGGAUAUUAUUAUUUUUAUAAUAAAUUAUUUAAAAAUUA